AUGCUCACCCCGGCGAGUGCAAUCCUAGGUGCCAUGAUUCUUGACUCGCAGAACAUGGCUCUUUCGAUCAUCCUCAUCAACAAACAGACUCUCGCAUCUAGGUGGCAAGUCGGCAUAGUGAUCUUCUGCCAGGCCAUGAGCAUGGUGCUCAUACCCAUAUUAGUUCGAGGAUUCCUCGGUACACUAUCCGAUACGCACCUAACUCCGGAUGACAACUGCGGAUUUAUCCAAGUGUUUUGGUGGGGAAAGCUACAGAACUUCUCCUACAAAGAAGACCCGUCAAUCGAUUUCAAGAGAGACGAACCAAGCGUGUUCUGGUUAUACUACACAUUCAGAUGUGUUGUCUACAUUCAGAGCAGCUUUCAUGCUCUCAUGAAUACACAGAUCUUUCACAAAGCCGAGAAGAACCCAAGGGACACUCUCAAGGGCAUAACGCACCCAUCUUUGGGCGAAGACCACAACGAGGUCUCGACUUGGCGAGGCAGACUUCGAGCUUGGCUUGGAGCACACUCGCAGGACAUGAAAUUUGCCCUAUACCCAACAACGGUAUCGCUCAUGUACAUCGUUUACGGACUCUUCAUGGUUGCUGCAAUGGCCGCAGCGGAGAUAUCGACCGGAGACAAAAAAGGCGUAUUCAAACUAGAAGGCGAUCGAGCACUAUCUGUUGGCCAGAUCGUAGCGAUUGUUGUCGCUGCUAUAACAAUUGCCCGUGGACUGUGGCUGUUCUUCAUGUUGUUCAUGGAGGAUGGAGAGAUUCGGAACAUUAAAAAAGGAUUCAGAUGGCCACUACACCUCCAGUUUAAGAACUGA